ACGAUUCCAUUUCUCUCGUUGUUGAAUGUAUGCCACGAAGUUCCUCCAUAACAUAAAACAGUUGCACACUUGAAGAGCCGAUAAUUUGAUAUUCUUGUGGAGACGGGGAAUGUUUGUUUUCUUGUUUUAAUGUAUGUGUUAAAGCGGUUGAACAAAGAUCGGAGGCUUGCAUCAAACCCAAUCUAUCAAGCUGUUAUCAUCGCUUCAGCGCAUGUGUCAGAUGCAAUUGAUGUUAUUACACAACACAAUAUCAUUCAAACAUACAAUGAUUCCUGGUGGUGUAUUAAUUUUCAUUCGGACGGACGUACUACACCAUAUUGAACACUGUAGGCUUGAGAACAUGCUGGGGAGGGUAUGUGGCGAAGACGAUGUGUUGGCCAGAUUUCCGAACUAAUUUUAAGCAGGUGUGCUGAACGAGCUUACACCAAAGGAGUGUGACAUUGUAUGGAGAUGAGAUCAUUUGGUGACAAGGUAUUUUGUUUUUUCAAUAUCGACACAUACACAUAUGAGAACGGAGAUUCAGAUGGUUUAUUUAUCUAGUGCGGAAUGAAGGUUCACUACCCAGGGUUAUGGAAAAUCGAACGUAGAGGAGCGGCGAGGAACAGACUCUAACGUUUCAAGUUGCUCUUUGAAACAGUUAUUUGGCUGAUUAUCGAAAACCCAUCGUCAACAAAUAACGUGAUGUCUUUCACUUUCUUCAUGGAAAGGUGCUUUGUGUGUAUAUUGUCGAUACAUAUUUGCUUUUUAAUUGUGAUGUUUACAGCAUUAGGGAAUCACAAAGCAGGACACGAGGUCUGUGUAAGUGCGAACAUUUGUGGCCCGUUAAAAGGUAUUAUAAACACUAACGUUGUGAAAGAGCAUCGUCAUAAACGACUACAACGUAUUGAUGACCCAUUGUUAGAGGUGGUUCUUGAGAACACACAGCUGUGCCGAGGAGUUUCAGAGGUGGACGUUGUAUUUAUUGUCCACAGCUCUGCUGACCAUUAUCACCGUCGGCAAAUACUUCGGACAAUUUUCCAGAAGGAGAAAACAUACCAAAAUUACACAUUACGACAUGUAUUUCUCCUUGGACAAAGGAACGAUGUGAAAAUCCAGGGUCAUAUCAACCAAGAAUUCAGACAAAAUGGAGACAUUGUCCAAGGUGGGUUUCUGGACACAUAUGGUAACCUGACGUAUAAAGCUGUUUUUGGAAUAAAAUGGAUCAGUCACAACUGCAGAAAUGUGAAAUACGUCAUCAAGAUCGACGACGACGUUUAUACUGAUAUCUAUAAUUUUUUUACACACGUGUACCAUUCACAUAAAGAUGAUACCAGAAUACUAUGUUGGGCAUCGAACAUGCCGUACGUCGUUAUAAGGAGAACGGGGAAAUGGAAAGUUCCGAAAUUCGUUUUUAGACAUUACCAAUCCUUUCCUGUUGAUUACUGUAGUGGUUUUGGUGUCAUUAUCCCCGGGAAGAUAAUUCCAGCGCUUUACAAGGUGGUGUUCAUGGUGCCAUUUCUUUGGAUAGAUGACGUAUUCUUAUAUGGAAUGGCCCGUGGUUUCAUAACAGGAUUGCAAGACCUUGGUGAUGCUCAUUAUAAGGUUGGGGAGGAAGAAGUAUCGACGUGCUUUAAAAAGCAAUCGACGUGUGAACUUAUCUUUUCCCUUAUUUACCCAAACCGGAUUUUGCCAACAUGGAGACACCGACAAAGAUAUCUUCAAAACAUUAAGAAACUUUGAAAUGCUUACAACCCAUCUUCUAAGGUUGAAUAAGAAGGAAGUUCGUUGAGAACGUCGUUAUAACUGUGCUUGUUGAAAUUAUCAAUGAUUAUCGAUGAUUAAAAUGAACGUAUGCUUUAUCUACAUCGUGACACACCCUCGUGAGGACUAGGUAAGAAUAAGUCGCAGUAUCCUUUGCGUGUCGUAAGAGGCAACUAUGGGGUAACUGGGUGUGGUGUGACGUGGCUGAAUCAGUGUCGUCCAACCCCUACGGCGUUGUACAUUGUUUAUACUUUGUCACUGUUUUGUCUCGUUUGGAUUCGAUUUAUGGAAAACCUGCAAUAUUGUUGUCUGCGGCGUAAAACAAAAGGAAAUAAACCUUUCUGCACAAAAAAGGAUCUAUAUAAUUUACCGAUGCAAGUAGUAUGGACGGUCCAGGAAUUGCUCGUCGUCUCCACGACCAUCCGGUACCUGCACGACACCGACGGCAUAUACUGUUAAUUUACUCAGUAGUUUGCGUAUUUAAUGUCAUUUAUGUUCUUGCAAAUUUAGAUGUUUGAUAAUUACGUUUGAAUAGUCUACAGGUUAAUGCAUAAAAUAAAUACAACUUAUUUGAUGAACUUUGUAAGAAAGCACUCAACCUGUAUUGGAUGGCUCAUGUGAAAAUGUCGGGGGCAAAUAGGUGUAAUUUGGCUAUAUUGCUUUAAACGACUUCUUCUCUGGAACUAAAAGAUAGAUAUCAACCAUAUUUGUUUGGAAGCAUU